UGCCCGCAGGAGCCCCGGCAGCAGCCCGUGCUCCAGCAGUCGCCCUACGGCCCCUGCCACUACGAGAUCAAGCAGUUCCUGGAGUGUGCUACCAACCAGAGAGACCUGACCUUGUGCGAGGGCUUCAACGAGGCUCUGAAGCAGUGCAAGUAUAGCAACGGUGUUUCUUCUCUCCUGUGAAGAAUCUGCCCCCUCAUAGGGAAGAGGAUUGUGGUGUAGAGCCCUGCUAUCCACAGGGAAUGGAAGGAUGAACAGGGAAUGAGCUGGAGGGAGCAGACUGACCAGGCAGGAGUACUGUAGUGGUAAUUCACUUCUGAAGUAGUAGAGAAGGAAAGGAAUGGUUGGACCUAAGGGUCUUCAGAAUUCAGAUAGUGCUGUAUUUAUUACAGAGAAAUAAAGGAAUUUAUUUGGACCUAUCA